AUGAUGGCGCCCCUUCGAAUCCUGGGCUUGGCCUGGGCGCUGCUAGGAGUGGCCGCUGCGUGUCCUGAGCCCUGCGCCUGCGUAGACAAGUACGCUCACCAGUUCGCGGACUGUGCCUACAAGGAGCUGCGCGACGUGCCCGAAGGACUGCCGGCCAAUGUGACCACGCUGAGUCUGUCCGCCAACAAGAUCACGGUGCUAAGGCGUGGGGCCUUCGCCAACGUCACGCAGGUUACGUCGCUGUGGCUGGCGCACAACGAGGUGCGCACGGUAGAGUCCGGGGCAUUGGCCGUGCUCAGUCAGCUCAAGAACCUCGACCUGAGUCACAACCUCAUCUCCAGCUUCCCUUGGAACGACCUGCGUAACUUGAGCGCGCUGCAGCUGCUCAAAAUGAACCACAACCGCCUGGGAUCUCUGCCCCGGGAUGCCCUCGGGGCGCUGCCGGACCUGCGCUCCCUGCGGGUCAACAACAACCGGCUGCGCACGCUGGAGCCCGGCACCUUCGACGCCCUCAGCGCGCUGUCACACCUACAACUCUAUCACAACCCUUUCCACUGUGGCUGUGGCCUUGUAUGGUUGCAGGCCUGGGCCGCCAGCACCCGCGUCUCUUUGCCCGAGCCCGAUUCGAUUGCGUGUGCCUCGCCUCCUGCGCUGCAGGGGGUGCCCGUGCACCGCCUGCCCGCCUUGCCCUGCGCGCCGCCCACCGUGCGUCUGAGCGCAGAGUCGGCGUCGGAGGCUCCUGGCACCCCUCUGCGCGCCGGCGUGGCUUUCGUGUUACAUUGCAGCGCAGAUGGCUACCCCACGCCCCGCCUGCAAUGGCAACUUCAGAUCCCGGGUGGCACUGUAGUCUUAGAGCCACCGUUCCAGAGCAGGGAGGACGACGGAGACGGGGCAGAGGACGGAGAGGGAGACGGGGACCUGCCUACCCCGACCGAGGUCCCAACCCCGCCUCCUGCGCCGGCUUGGCCCGCGCCCCCAGCCACUCCGCGCUUCUUGGCCCUCGCCAACGGCUCCCUGUUGGUGCCCGUGCUGAGUGCCAAGGAGGCAGGCACCUACACAUGCCGUGCGCACAAUGAGCUGGGCGCUAACUCGACGUCGGUACGGGUAUCUGUGGCUGCAGCCGGGCCUCCAAAGCAUGCCCCCGGCCCUGGAGGAGAAGCUGCCGGGCAGGCCCCGACCCCCGAGCGCAAGGCCACAGGCAAGGGCCGGAGCAACAGCGUCCUGCCCUCUAAGCCUGAGGGUAAAACGAAAGGCCAAGGCCUGGCCCGAGUCAGCUUCUUUGGGGAGACGGAGGAGGAGCCGGAGGAGACCAGCGAGGGAGGAGAGUCCCCGGAAGAUCAGAUCAGUGCGCAUCCUGGAGAGGAGAAGCGCUGUGGCCUCGGGGACCCGUCUCAGUACGUGUCCAACCACGCGUUCAACCAGAGCUCGGAGCUCAAGCCGCACGUGUUCGAGCUGGGCGUCAUCGCGCUGGAUGUGUCGGAGCGAGAGGCGCGGGUGCAGCUGACGCCGCUGGCCGCGCGCUGGGGCCCUGCGCGGCCGGAUGGGGCCCCCGCCGUGCAGCGACCUGGACGCCGGCCCCUGCGCCUGCUCUACCUGUGUCCAGCCGGGGGUGGCGCGGCCGUGCAGUGGUCCCGCGUGGAGGAGGGCGUCAACGCUUACUGGUUCCGAGGUCUACGACCCGGCACCAACUACUCGGUGUGCUUGGCUCUGGCUGGAGAGGCGUGCCACGUACAAGUGGUGUUCUCUACCAAGAAGGAGCUGCCUUCCCUGCUGGUGAUCGUGACCGUGAGCGUGUUCCUCCUGGUGCUGGCCACCGUGCCCCUGCUGGGCGCCGCUUGCUGCCAUCUGCUGGCCAAACAUCCAGGCAAACCCUACCGUCUGAUCCUGAGGCCGCAGGCCCCAGACCCGAUGGAGAAACGCAUCGCUGCGGACUUCGACCCACGGGCCUCCUACCUUGAAUCGGAGAAAAGCUACCGGGCAGGCGGCGAGGCAGGAGGCGAGGAACCAGAGGAGGUGCCCGAGGAGGCGCUGGACGAAGACGCCGAGCAGGUUGACCCGAGCGGGGACCUGCAGAGGGAGGAGAGCCUGGUGGCGUGCUCCCUGGUGGAGUCCCAGUCCAAGACCAACCAGGAGGAGUUCGAGGCCGGCUCUGAGUACAGCGACCGGCUGCCUCUGGGCGCAGAGGCGGUCAACAUCGUCCACGAGGUUAAUGGCAACUAUAAGCAGACCGCGGGCUGAGCCCCUGGCACUACUGGCUGGCCCAUUUCCUCCUGCCGCCUUGGGUACCUCUGGCAGCUACAGUAGCCUUGGGCUGGCAGGACUUUACCCACCCCUACCUACCCCACCAACCUUCACCUGCUCCGCACCCCCAGCCCUCCCCAGCCUUCACUGCUAGGGACUUGCGAUAGAAAAGUGGGCCGAAUUCAUGCCUGCCCCCCACCUCACCCCACCCCCCACCCAGCCGGUCAUGGUCAUGCUCUGGGUGGGCUGAAUCCCCCCCAACACCCCACACCCAAAAGCACAGUGCCGAGGCUCCGAAGUUCCCUCUAAUCAGUCACCAUUCUCUGCAGGCCAGACAGUCUAGGCCCCUCCAUUCCCAACCUGGGGCCCGGAAGCAGGGGCCGUGGGCCACAUCUGGCGGUGACAAUGGUUGGUUCGGGGACUGGUCCCCGAUGGUCAGGACAUGUCACCGACCGCGGACAGUCGUGGCUUAUCACCUGGACCUCGGCUCUAACCCUUCCCGGUUUGCAUGCGUCAGAAGCUGACCUAAUUUUUUUUUUUUUUUAGUCCCAAAGCCCCCUCCCAACAGCGGUCUACAGCCUUGUGUCCCUCCAUCCGCCCUCACCCUCUCCCCACCCCACCCCCGUUUCUGUACAGCUGGAGUCAAACCGGGUGCCUGGGGCGCCUUUCAGCUCCACACUCUGAUUUUUUUUUUUUUUUCCUCCUUAUUUUCGUUGUUCUCAAAGACAGCGACGUUCUGGGUCUGGUGCUAAUAAUCCCCUCCCCCUCCCCCCGCCACCCCCCCCCGACAUCCCCAACUUCCCAAUUCCUGGGAACCCGGGUGUGCAGGUGUCAGGUGUGAGAGAGGGGGAGCAUCCGUUUAUUUUAUUAUUAUUUUAUUCCCUCCAAUCUCUCUCCUAAACUUAAAAAGCGCGCGGGACCGCGUGCCCCUUUGCCCGGGGAGGGCGCCCGGCUGGGGUCUCGGGCCAAUUGCGCUGUCUGUCCGGUGUCUGUCCGGUGGCGGCUGCGCGUCGCCGCGGCGGCUGCCCGGAUCCCCCCCCCCCGCCUGUGGCCCCCGGGACGUGGCUGCUGGCGCCCAGCGCGUGGCUGCAGCGGGACCCGGAGGGUGGGGUGUUGGGGUGGGGGGUCCCCGGCCCCACCCACAGUGUUGUCCCUGGCCGAGCUUAGAAGUCGGUGUCCUGUAAAGUGUGACUGUCUAG